AUGUCAAACGUUCACCCAGAACCCUUUAAAAGUCCUGCUGAUAGCGACGGAAUGGACCCCACAACGGACACCCGUGCAAGAUACAUGGCAACAGGCCCAGCUGUCAGUUUAAGCCAGGAACAUCAAGAUUAUCUUAUCAAACGCCAUGGCACACUCUACCUCGAUCCUGUACCUUCAGACGACCCUGCCGAUCCUUACAACUGGCCAGAAUGGAAGAAGAUGGCCAAUUUAAUCGUCGUGGGGUUCAAUGCCAUGAUGACAACCUUCACAGCAGCUGCAAUCAUCCCAGCAUACGAAGCAAUCUCUGAGGAGUUCGAGUGCACCAUCACGAAAGCCAGUUACCUCACAUCGCUACAGAUCAUGGUUUUGGGCUGGGCUCCACUGUUCUGGAAGCCACUCUCUCAGCGCUAUGGUCGACGUCCUAUCUGGCUGAUCAGUAUGCUUGGCUCGUUGGUCUUCAACGUGGGUUGCGCACUGUCACAUAGUUAUAGCACGAUGGCCAUAUGUCGCGCGUUUGUGUCCUUCUUCCUCUGUCCCGCAAUGGCCUACGGAAGUGGUGUGGUGACGGAGACGUACUUUAAAGGACAGCGAGCUCAGUACAUGGGCGUGUGGACCUUGUUGGUCACGUUGGGGGCACCCUCGGGACCAUUUAUUAUGGGAUUCGUCAGUUACCAGACUGGAAACUACCGGUGGAUAUACUGGACCCUCGCAAUUCUCAACGGUGUGCACUUCUUGGCCUAUUGUAUCUUUGGACCAGAGACUCGCUAUCUUCGACGCGGCGUCACGCACAGAGGCUCUGCAUUCGCUCAAGAAUAUCUCCAAUUCCGACGAAUCGACCCAGCUCCCUUCCGAAUCUUCGAAUUCAUCCAACCCCUAUCCCUCGCGCGAUAUGCCUCAAUUGCGAUUCCCGCUGUUGCGUAUGCUGUGGUCUUCAACUUUACCUCUGUCCUCCUCACAGUCGAGAUCCCUCAACUCUUCAUCCCCAAAUUUGGCUUCAACUCCCAGCAGCUUGGUCUCCAAUUUCUCGGAAUCAUCAUAGGCUCCAUUAUUGGCGAGCAACUAGGUGGUCGACUCAGCGACCUCUGGAUGAGACGCAUUGGAGGUAGGAAAGUCGCAACGCCUCCACCCGAGUUCCGUCUGUGGCUCUCUUACGGAGGAUUCCUACUGGCGAUGGUCGGAUUGAUCAUUUUCGGCGUUCGAUUUGAACAAGCUGAGCAGAAUCAUUGKAAUGUAACGCCAAUAAUCGGCAUCGCAAUCGCAGCAGUGGGUAACCAGAUCGUCACGACGGUACUGGUGACUUAUGCGGUUGACUGUCAUGUUGAGCAUAGUGCAAGCAUUGGUAUUUUCAUAAAUGUCGUUCGACAGACUUGGGGAUUCAUCGGACCAUUCUUCUUCCCCGAGAUGCUGGCCGAUCUGGGUACCGUGGCAAGCGUUGGAUUGCUUGCAGGGCUGAUAUUCGCUGUCUGUUGGGUUCCCACAGCGGUGUUGCAGUGGCGAGGGCAGAAAUGGAGAGAUGCUGGUCCGGCGCCCAUUGUCAUGGCUGAGGACUUGAAGGUCGCUGAGAAGGAGGCUACUGGUUCCGUGUGA